ACCAAGCAGUCCUUAAUGGACAGGAAAGACCAACCUCCUCUCACCAGGAGACAGAAGAAAAAGCUCCUGUGAAACCCAUCGCCUUGGGGAGGCUUCACACUGACCAAGCAUUGGAAAGAAAGCAAGAACACAGGUUUCCUGUGCCCCCCUCCGGCCUUCCUACUACAAGCAAGGAGUGUGUGGAGACUGCUCAAAUAUGUCAGAGACUUCCUCCCACGACUCCUUCUACGAUUCCUUAUCAGACGUGCAGGACGAGGGCAAAAGUGUUGACGUCUUCCCAGGGCUCUCUGCGUUUCUCAGCCAGGAAGAAAUAAACAAAAGUCUUGACCUGGCCCGCAGAGCCAUAGACAACUCUGAAAGUGAAGAUUUUGACUCAGAAAAGGAGAUCUCGCAGAUUUUCAGCAAAUCUCCUGUAAGGCUCUGCGAAACUCCAUCCCACCAUGAUACCAGAUCCGGAGAGCAGACUCCCUCAGCAGGACCUCAGCAAAACAGACCAGCACCUGUCCAGCCUCUGGCAGGAGAGCAAGUUGAACCGAUCAGCUCCCCGGCCUCAAGGAGGAAACCUGGGUUAUCACCCCUGCUGGCCAGACCCAGCUACAUCCGGAGCCUCCGCAAGGCUGAAAAACGAGGUGCAAAAAUUCCCAGUCCAAGCGCAAAGCCCAAAGCUGCCCAGCAGAGCAAAACCGGCCCCCAGGGCCAACUGUGCGACAAGGCUGCUAGUUUCAUCGAGGAACUGACAUCCAUAUUUAGAGAGGCAGCCAAGCCAAGGAACAGAAGCCCAAAUGGUGAGUCUUCGUCACCAGACAGUGGGUACCUGUCCCCUAAAAACCAGCCAUCAACACUGACAAGUGCUUCAGCCAGCCAGAGCCCCACUGGAGACCAGCUAGAGCAACAGGAGAUAGAAGCAGACGUCAAGCUAGCCCAGGGCAGCCUUUGCUACCAGGCCUGCCAGACCCCAGAUGAGGCCUUGUCACACACCCACAUCCCUCAACCACAGCCACAGAAAGCCCGGCACUUGCCCUCUGCACCUCGGUUCAUCCAGAAGCUGAGGAGCCAAGAAGUUGCCGAAGGAAGCCGAGUUUACUUGGAGUGUAGAGUCACAGGAAACCCAACUCCCCGAGUCAGAUGGUUCUGUGAGGGGAAGGAACUGUACAACACUCCUGACAUCCACAUCCACACCGACGGUGACCAGCUGCACACCUUGGUCAUUGCCGAGGCCUUUGAGGACGACACAGGUCGCUACACGUGCCUGGCUACAAACCCCAGCGGCUCAGACACCACAUCAGCAGAGGUGUUCAUUGAAGGAGCCAGUUCAACGGACUCUGACAGUGAGAGCUUACCUUUCACAUCAAAAGCUGGAGCUAUGCCACAAGCUCAAAAGAAAACAACUUCUGUUUCCUUGACAAUAGGAUCCUCAUCUCCCAAGACAGGAGUGACCACAGCUGUGAUUCAGCCCUUGUCUGUGCCUGUGCAACAGGUUCACAGUCCGACUUCGUAUCUCUGCCGACCUGAUGGAGCCACCAUGGGCUGUCUUCUUCCUGUUUUUACUAAGGAACUCCAGAACACAGCAGCCUCCGAGGGCCAGGUGGUCGUCCUGGAAUGCCGAGUCAGAGGGGCACCCCCGAUGCAGGUCCAGUGGUUCCGGCAAGGGAGUGAAAUCCAAGACUCUCCAGACUUCAGAAUUCUCCAGAAAAAACCUAGAUCAACAGCUGAACCCGAGGAGAUCUGCACCCUUGUCAUUGCUGAGAGUUUUCCUGAAGAUGCAGGCAUCUUUACCUGCUCAGCCAGAAAUGACUACGGAUCAGUGACCAGCACCGCACAACUUGUUAUCACCUCAGCUAACACUGAGAACUGCAGCUAUGACCCAGUGGAAGAACCCAGCAGUGAUCACAACCAACACUUUCCACCACCCCCUCCAACCUUGGAGACGGGUUCCUAUGAGUUCGCAUCCCAGAAGCCAUCUGAAACCCAGCAGGCGAACAACCCCAGCUUAGGACUUAACACGGCAGCCCUUCAAAUGCAAUUCAGCUCUGCAGAGAGGGAGACGAAUGGCGUUCAUCCCAGCCACGGAGUCAACGGGCUGAUUAAUGGCAAAACGUACAGCAAUAAAUCUCCUGCGACACCAGCUGCCCUGCUUUCGCCCACAAAGGAACCACCACCUCUACGUGCCAAACCCAAACUGGAUCCUCUGAAGCUGCAGCAGCUGCAGAACCAAGUGCGCUUGGAGCAGGAGGCGGGAGCCUGGCCCCCGGCGCCCCCGGCUCUCCCUUGCAACAGCAGCAGCAGCGGCGGCAGCAGCAGCAGCGCGCCCCCGUCGCCGCCCUUCCCGCCGCCGCCCGCCUUCCCCGAGCUCGCGGCCUGCGUGUCGCCGGUGCCCGCGGAGCCCAUGAGCGCGCUGGCCUCCCGCGCCGCCACCAUGCAGUCCUCCGGCUCCUUCAACUAUGCUCGCCCCAAGCAGUUCAUCGCGGCGCAGAACCUGGGUCCCGCGUCGGGGCUGGCCACCCCCACCUCCAGCCCCAGCUCUUCCAGCCUGCCGUCGCCUCUGUCCCCCACGCCCAGGCCGUUCGGCCGCGCGCCCGGGCCACCCUUCGUGGAACCGGAGGCCAUGUGGGGCCCGUCCUCGCCGUCGCCGCCGCCCCCGCCGCCCCCGGUCUUCAGUCCCUCGGCGGCCUUCCCGGUGCCCGACGUGUUCCCGCUGCCGCCACCGCCGCCACCACCGCUGCCCAGCUCCGGCUCGCCCGCCCGUUUCGGCCCCAGCCAGACGCCCGCAGCCUUCCUCAGCGCCCUGCUGCCCUCGCAGCCGCCGCCCGUCGCUGUCAACGCCCUGGGGCUGCCCAAGGGCGUCACCCCCGCCGGAUUUCCGAAGAAGGCCAGUAGAACUGCUAGAAUAGCCUCGGACGAGGAGAUUCAGGGCACAAAGGAUGCUGUCAUUCAAGACCUGGAACGGAAACUUCGCUUCAAGGAGGACCUUCUGAACAACGGCCAGCCGAGGCUAACAUAUGAGGAAAGAAUGGCUCGUCGCCUGCUCGGUGCUGACAGCGCAAAUGUCUUCAACAUCCAGGAGCCAGAAGAAGCAGCAGCCAAUCAGGACGUUGGGGCUCCUCGGGCUUCCGUAGGAAGUCCUCUGGACGGUCAAAAGGAGUACAAAGUCUCCAGCUGUGAGCAGAGGCUGAUAAGUGAGAUAGAGUAUCGGCUGGAAAGGUCUCCCGUGGAUGAGUCAGGGGACGAGGGGCAGUAUGCGGACGUACCCGCGGAGAGUGCAGUGGCACCCUUCUUCGAGAUGAAGCUGAAACACUACAAGAUCUUUGAGGGGAUGCCCGUGACUUUCACGUGUCGAGUGGCUGGGAAUCCAAAGCCAAAGAUCUAUUGGUUUAAGGAUGGGAAGCAGAUUUCUCCAAAGAGUGAUCACUACACCAUUCAGAGAGACCUUGAUGGGACCUGCUCCCUGCACACCACGGCCUCUACCCUAGACGAUGAUGGGAACUACACAAUCAUGGCUGCCAACCCUCAGGGCCGCGUCAGUUGUACAGGACGGCUAAUGGUACAGGCUGUCAACCAAAGAGGUCGCAGUCCCCGCUCUCCCUCGGGCCAUCCUCAUGCCAGAAGGCCUCGCUCUCGAUCAAGGGACAGCGGAGAUGAAAACGAGCCCAUUCAGGAGCGAUUCUUCAGGCCUCACUUCCUGCAGGCCCCUGGGGACCUGACUGUCCAGGAAGGCAAACUCUGCAGGAUGGACUGCAAAGUCAGUGGGUUACCAACCCCGGAUCUCAGCUGGCAGCUAGAUGGGAAGCCCAUACGCCCUGACAGUGCUCACAAGAUGUUGGUCCGUGAGAAUGGAGUCCACUCCCUCAUUAUAGAGCCAGUCACGUCCCGGGAUGCCGGCAUCUACACGUGCAUCGCUACCAACAGAGCAGGGCAGAACUCUUUUAACCUGGAGCUUGUGGUUGCUGCUAAAGAAGCACACAAGGCCCCCGUGUUUGUUGAGAAGCUGCAAAACACAGGGGUAGCAGAUGGGUACCCGGUGAGGCUGGAAUGCCGAGUGUCGGGAGUUCCACCGCCUCAGAUAUUUUGGAAGAAAGAAAAUGAAUCGCUCACUCACAGCACUGAGCGAGUAAGCAUGCACCAGGAUAAUCACGGCUACAUCUGCCUGCUCAUUCAGGGAGCCACAAAAGAAGACGCCGGGUGGUACACUGUGUCAGCCAAGAACGAAGCAGGCAUCGUGUCCUGUACUGCCAGGCUGGAUGUCUACACCCAGUGGCAUCAGCAGCCACCGACCACCAAGCCAAAAAAAGUACGGCCCUCGGCCAGUCGCUACGCAGCCCUUUCGGACCAGGGACUAGACAUCAAAGCCGCUUUCCAACCUGAAGCAAGCCCAGCUCACCUGACUCUAAACAGCGGCUUGGUAGAAAGUGACGAUCUGUGAUCAGCGCCCCUGUUGAAGCUGAAAACUGACCGCCAUUGCUUUGACCAACGCCCUCCUCUGUCACUUUAUAUAAAAGGCAGAAGUAUACUUUUGACUUUAAGAAAUUGAAAAAAAAAAGAACAACACCAAAUUCAUAUUUUUCUUACUUGAUAGAGAAUCUAAGUAGGUGAUGCUUAUAGAAAUGUACACAUUGCACAGAAAAUUCGCAUUUGUUGUCCAGGUUAAAAGUUUUGGAGCUGUUGUAAGUAAAAUGGUCGGAAACGCCAAAAGAAAUCAGCUGUUCAGAGAUAACCGUGGUUUAAGUCAUCCACAAGUGCCUUCAGACACAAGCUAUGGGUGCUGGAGUGCAGCAGUGGGAAAUGUUUGACAGACUCAACAGCGUCUCUAAAGUGCAGUGUCUACAGACGGCUACAGUAAACCAAGUGCAAUAUGGGAGGGCAGGAAAGAGAACGAUGAGGAAAGCCAGGGAAUGCCUUGUCUUUGCAAACCGCUCGAGUUAAAUCAGAAGAAAGGAAUUUCUUGCCUUAAAUGUCAUCUGUAUCAGGGGUUUUCUUUUUAUGCUACUUCAGUAUGAAGCUUUCUUACAAUCCAUAGGAACUAAAAGGCUAAUUUAAGCUUACACAACGAACAGUGUUCUGUAGAAAGCCGAUAUGUUUUACUGUCCAUUCCACAAGAGGCAUCCGAACCACCCGAAUGACCAAGGCAUGUAGUGUUUGGAGGAGACAGGUUUGGAAGGCAUGGAAAGAAUGAAGGAGGGACUUGCUACCCACACAGGGAUCUCAUAUCCAUUUAGAUGAAAGCACCAGGCAGUGAGGCCAGGCUCUUCUUUGGUUUUCUUCUAAACCUUAAAAACAUAGAUGCAGAAACACUGCCGUUUACCAGUCAAGGACUCUAGAGGGUCAUCUGGAAGUCUGGCGCACAUGCGUGGAGGAGACUUCCAUGUAGCUGAAGUGUGUAGUAGUUAAUGAUGUUAGUGUGUAGAGUAAGUUGGACAUGGGUUAAGAUUCCGGGGGGCUUGAGUGAGAAGUAGCGGAUAGGGUCGAGUUUGCCUGAGGGAAGUGGAGACUUGAGCGACAAAAACAAGCUUGUGCUACAAUGAAUUUCUUUUCCGUUGGCACUAAGAGGUGGUGAAUGGAAAUUUCUAGUUCCCUUCACUUCCCCGAUGCCUUAGAAGGGCCAGGCUCUGAGCACCUAAACGGCCAAACUGCAAGGACCGCUUUUUGAAUGCACGAUUCUGCAUCAGCUAAACACAGUUGAUUCUGACCAGACUUGAUGACUUUAAGUCGGAACCAAUAUUUUCCUUUUAUAAUGAGAGAAAAUCAUCUGGCCUGAUGGCGUAAGACGUGAGGCUUUAAUGGUACUCUGCUAUGAAAAGAAAACACUGUGUUCCUCAUGCAAACCAUAUCUAUCAUUCAUUAUUUAUAAAAGUGUUCAACUUUCUUAGCUCAGUUACUCAAUUCAUACAUAGUACUUUUUAAAACAAUUUUGUAUCUGUAACCACCCCAUAUAUUUUGUAUUACUGCUUCACAUGUACAGCUUUCUACUUUUGUAAGAACACCAACCAACCAAGUUUUAGCAGGCUUGAGCACUGGGUGGCAGAUGUUCUAUUCAGCGUGGUACAAAACUCUUUGACCACAUACACAUUGCUAAUGGGGGAUUUAAGUAACCAUGCAGGGUCUUCUAGACCUAUCUCUGUCAUAGAAUUGUGACCUAUAUUAUUAUAUCAUACUUGCCAAAUUUUUCUGAAUGUGACUUUUUUUUUUUUGCUAAUUUGCUGGGCUUGGGGUUAACUAGCAUUCUUUUGCCACCUUUUAUGUUGUAUUUAUGAAAAAACACACACAAAAAAAACAAAGUAGAACCAUACUUUGGAUUGUUGUGCCGUUGUAAUGUGGACUUAACAUCAAUAAAUAAAUAUUUAACAAACA